AUGAGUAAUCUAAUAUUACUCAGUGAGUCUAGGACCUCUAUACAAGGGGGAUUCCCUAAACUCCAAACACAAACGCCGCGGGCUAACCCCGCCUCACCUGCAUUGAGGCGCCUAGGUGCAUUAGCCACAUUCUCUGCCCACGCCUGUGAAGGUUCACGCUCAUCCGGAAUCACACAGAAACUAGAUGAACGCCUUCACCCGGGCACUACAGUCCAUCGCGGUACCCGGUUCAUCCUUCCAUCUAUUGGCCUUACUGGCGCACCAUGCCAAUGUCUGGUUGGAUCCCAUAUCGUCAUAUGGUACCAUACUCGGCCAAGGCAGCUGACCAGGUUAUCCUCCGAGUCUUCCUCCCUUCAUGCACAGCCUCCACGCUGCCAAUCCGGUUGGGCUCUGACGUGCGAGAAUGCGCUUGACUACACCUUCCUAGACAACAUGUGGUUAGACACGCCACAUGUUCUCAGUACUUAG